GUGACGUUAGUUGACGAUAGUUGUAUAGGCUAUAUGUUCACGUUGACUUCAGCAACUAUGAAGCUCCUUCCUCUUGUGUGUCUCUGUGCCCUGACUCGGUCCGAAUUCACGUCAGCGGAUGAAAACGAUGGUGUCUUAAAAGACAGAUCACAGGAAAACAUCCCAGGUGCAGCUCCAGAGCCGUACAUAAAGAUACAUGAAGCAAGGGACUGGUCAUUGCUGGUGUGUGAAGUUCGAGGGGUUUUUCCAAAACCUAAAGUAGAGUGGAAGAGCGGUGCUGGAAACAUCAUUCCUGCUGAGCAGACACAGGUCUCAGAUAAAGGAGGCAGCUUCGACAUCACUGUCUCAGUAACUGCAAACAAGAGUAACUACUAUCGGUGUGUAGUCACACAGGAGGAAAUCAAGCAUCGGAUUUCUGCUGAAACUUAUCUGUAUUUCGAGAGUGCAGCUUCAAAACCAUCCAUCACUACACUUGAGCAAACAAAGGAUUGGUCACUGCUGCAGUGUGAAGUCCGAAGCCCUUCUUCAAGACCAAAAGUAGAGUGGCAGGACAGCGCUGGAAACAAACUUCCUGCUGAAGACACAUCGUCUGCACUAAUACCAGACCGUUUUACUCUACGAACUACUGUGACCAAGACUGACUACUAUCGCUGUGUGGCCACACAGGAGGAAAUCAACCAUCAGAUUUCCGCUAAGACAUAUGUGUAUAUCGGGUCCUCCACUGGAUGGAUUGUUGCAGUUGUAAUUCUUGCCAUUGCAGUUGUCGUUCUAGCUGCAGUUGUAGCCAAGCUUUGCAUUACACUAAAAAGUAACGAAGGUUAAACAACAGAGACAACAGUACCCCUCAACUCCUGAUAUUCCCACAUAACAAUGGUGGAUGGAAAUGCACAUUACUUUGCAUUUUAUUUUGCUCUUUUUCUGGAAAUGCUGAUACAUUUUUCAACACUUUUGGAUGGAAACUUGACUUGAGACGACAGGCUUUUUACUCCACCUGUGAUACUUGCAUAUCGGACAACGUAUAUGCCAAAUCAAUGUAUCUGUGAUAGGCCAAUAUCGGCCAGUUUUGUUGGCUGACUAAUAUAUCGGUUGGGCUCUAAUCCAGACAUAUCCUGAGGUAAAGCUUGAUGUUAUUAAGUUUAACUGAUGUACUGUUGAACCAAGGGUGCAAUGCAUGCUUUUGAACCCUCGUAGAACAGGGCCUACCAAAAGUCAUACCUGGGACAAUAUGCACGAUGCUGUAUUAUUCUACUUAUUAAAAAGUACUGCAGCGAGAUUAUGUGUACAGUAGAACAAGAAUAACAACAUAAAUGUUAAUGAGCAGGGCCUCACAUGUCAAAUCCCCAUGCAACCAUUCUGCAUUUUGGUACAUAUAUACUAUGUCUUCAUAUAAAUGCAUGCUUGUUAUAAUUUCUGCAAUACCUCAUGUGUCAUAAUAACUUGUCAGAAAUUGAUUGCCAUGUGGGAAUUUAUUUCAUUUUAAUCUUAUUAAUUGGGUUUUAUUCUGUGAUUGAUGUCAGGUUUUAGGUAUCGUUCCGCAGGUGAGAGAGCCCAACUUUCAAACAUGUGAAGUAAACAAUAUUAAUUCUAAUUCUAUAAAAUCAAAACCCAAAGUUUUACUCAAAGUCGCCACCUUGUCCUCUUGAUUUCUCCUUUUUUGAGGUAUCACCUGUGCCAGCCAGUCCAGUUGAAUUCUGGACCUGGAUCUGCCAUAACUUAGUGAGUGCUGAAUUGCUUCACACUCUUCCCAGGUGCGUCUUUAACUUUCAACUGCUGAACGGUGCAUUAAUCCAUCAAAUCAGUUUUAUUGGUAAACAUCAAGGAUAUCGUUUACAGAUGUUACCAAGUCUACACAGCGGUCCUCUUUCAUUCAUAAAUCCUUCAUUCUUGUGUCCGUGGCACUGACUUAUUCCUCAUUUAUUUGUCAUUUAUUCAUGUAUUUGUCUGGUAAGUAAUGUAGUUUGUAGUUCAAUAAACAUUUCAUUUAUAAAGAA